AAUCCAGGCCGAGCCAAGCCGUUCACGCAUGUGUGCGUGUGUGGCGUCGCCGCCGGCGGUCUGUGAAUUUUUUUUUGACAGUGCGGUUGGUGCAGUUUUGUCGGCGUCUCUUUCGCAGCUCUUGAAGUAUGGCCUGCUGCUUAUGACAACGGCAGCACAAGAACUUCGCUUUGUUUGACUGCAUGGAGCUCCGUACGACAGCCGUGUACCGUGGUGCCACUCCGAUGGCGGCUUGCACAAACCAACUCCUAGCGGCCAAGCAAAGGCUUUCCAAUGUCUUGGGAGACGGCUUCAAGGCAUACAUGAACUAUCUGAAGCUCUGGUUCAGCCAGAAGCUCACCAAAGAAGAUUUCGACGUGGAAGUUCGGAAAGUGCUGACCCAGGAGGGAGUGCGCGCCCACAACGAGUUCCUUUUGGCAUUCUUCAACAAGUGCCAAGCCCCUUGCAUGGGCCGUGAGUCGAGUUCCUCAAACGCCCGCGACAAGAAGCUCAAGAGCAAGGCCAAACCGGUGCGAGUGACCUUCGAGAAGAGGUUUGUGCCGGUCUCUGUCACGCGCCACGUGCCCGCGGCUAAAGAGCCUGCGGCCAGUCUCGACUUGUGCCUUCGCGAGUACUGUCUUCCCGACAAGAUGCUCGUCCACGGUCGCAUGUUUGUCAUCGCUUGGGACAGCGGACUGGAGGCCGUUGACGACCGGGCAGUCCAGCUAGUCGUCAUCGCCAUCAAGCAAAAAGUGAGAGACAUUAUCUUGGCUCUGCUAAGCCGUCGCAGCGCGUACAAGCUUCGGGACGGUCGAAUGCAACACAGCCUGGGAUGUGCCCCGCCUAACCCUUACCUGCGGUUCCCCGGUCGGUCGAACUUCUCAUUAGGCCUAGCGGCGGCGGCGACGGUGACGCCCACUGGUGAACACCAGCCCUGCGCGCUGCCCAGCUUGGAUUGGGCCGAGAGUAGGGCCGCUAUGGAAGUGGCCGCCGAUCCGUGGGAGCGCCCACCUCGACAACCCGUCUGUGCCGCCGAUUUGCUGGAGACGCUUCAGGUUCGACGCGACGUCUUGCCAGCGCACUCGGUCGGAGCGAGGGCCCUGGAGCACGCGCUUGCUGCGCAGUGGCACCCGAGCCACGAAGAGCUGCGGCAGGCCAGCAUCCACGAGCAAGAGGAGGCACUGAGGGCACAGCUUCUCGAGCAGCACUUGGUCUGGUGAACGGGCCCCGUGGAUGUACAUUUUCUCGUUACAGGAUCAUGCUUGACGUGCUCGGGUCAAUCUAUAAGGCUCGGGUAGCUCAGCUCAGACGAUAUUCCCACCGUACGUGUUGGUACAAAGAUGCAGACACCACACCUGUUGGAAGCACAGAACACUCUAAUGCGUAGAGUUCACUCUAAUCCGUAUUUUAGGUUUUGUCACAAAACAUGCAAUUGUACGGGUUAAGUGACAGAAUAUGUUGCUCUUCCAUCUUUGUAGAAUUAGAACUAUCAGCGUUCACUGAACUCCUGUCUGGCAAACCAGCACAAACGUAAGAGUGCUGACAUCCUGAACAGUGAAACAUUUCAAAGAUGCAUAUGUGUCCGGCUGAUACAGAAGCGACAGACUGAACGCACAGUGACAAGCUAUAGGCUCAUCGCCACGAUGACAGCGUGUUGUAGGCCGUUCAGCCAUGUCAUCCAGUCAAGACUACAAAGAAGGGUUGAAUAGUGAGCUCUGGAGGGAGCUGCAGAAUUGCCUCAGGCCCAGCCAUUUGCCUGCAGUGUAGCCCACCUGUCACUUUAGUGAUAGAAGUGCUGCGCGAAAUGACUGAUUUUUGCGUAUUUUAUUUGCGCCAUGAUUGUGCGGAGACUCACACGAGCUUUAUAACCUCUAUGUCGACUCUACAGGCUAAAUGAAAAUGAACUGUGAUGGUUGUCAAACUGAAUGGACGACCAAACCAAGCCAAUUUUCAUUUUCUGAGCCAUUGCUAGUGACAUGUGCUGGUGAUCCGGCUAGCUGUGCUGCCUUCUUGGUGGUCACAUUGGAAUAUUUCAUUUGGCAGUGACAUUUAAAUGCACAGGUGAAAUAAUCGGUUUCGGCUGCUGCAUGCCUGGCUUUGUUUUCAUGGACAAUAUUAGAAUGUUUGGAAAUUUUAAACAUACAAUGUGCAAGCCUCAGCAAGUAUCUCUCUCUUGUGUCUUUUUUAUGAAUGCUCAAGUAUGCCUUGCUGUUUGAUAUUUAUUUUCGUGCUUUGAUCAUGCCUAGCAAUGUUUUUCACAUACUGACGCGCAUUUGUGAGCUCUCAAUUUCAUAGCAUGCUAUUUUUGCCAUUAACAGCAUUAGCUUUGAAUCUUGCUUCACUUGUCAGUAGCUCCUGCAGGCCUGCAGUUUGUUUUAUAUCUCAUGUACAUAAUUAGAAAUAUUUCAUAAAUUCUUUUUGUAAACAUGAUUGCAGUGUAAUCACCGGUGCUAGAUCAAAGCUAGAUUUCACAUUUUUGUGCUUGCCCUUUCGCACACAGCGGUUUCCAUGCUGUGCAUAUUUACUACUAAUGAAGUAAUCGUGCGGCAUCAGAGUUGUAUCAUUUAUGUCCAAGACAAGUUCGUCUUUGUCAUCUAAUUCUUCUUUCUCAAUUUGGGCUACUGUGUCAUACCAAUUACUACCUCGUCAAGUUGGAUUGGUAUUGUUAUACACUAGUUGCGUAAUUUCUAAAAUAAAUUUGUCAGUGUGGCUGUAGAUGAUCUAUUUGACAGUUAGUUUUUGUUUCACCGUAUUUAUAGCUAAGCUUUUUUAUCUUAAAGUAAUCUGUUUCAUUUGAUAGACUUGUGCGAUGUGUUACGGUGAUCCAAAAAAAAAAGGCAGCAGUUCAGGGGAAGACUGAAGUUUUGAAGAGGUGGAAAAUCCGUGAACGUGGGGUGUUCACGCUGGAGCCGACGUUUCGACAAGUGGACUUGUCUUCUUCUGCAAGGCUGCAACCGCUUUCCUUAGCGCACAUGUGUAUAUGCUUUCUACCCUCUCCUCCAAUCCAAACCAAGGAGGAGGAAAGGGCAACUGCAAAAACGGGGUUGGGGUGGUAGAAGGAGGGGCCAGCAUGCCGAAUUAGGCGAGUCAAAAGGAAAGAGAAAUAGUCCGUGAAAAAGAAAGAAGCACAUACCCACAUGUGCCAAGGAAAGCAGUUUCAACCUUGAAGAAAAGUUCAGUUGUUGAAAUGUCAGCUCCAGUGACACCCUGUGUUCAUGAAUUUUUAUGUUACGGUGACGUACUUUGUGCUUCAGUGUGUUCAUGUUAACUUAUGUAAAAAAAAGCAUUCUGAAAGUACUGAGUUUCCCUAAGGUGUGUUCGUUUUGUGUUCUUUGGUGAAUUCAGUUAGUGUGUUACGUGAUAAAGAGUAAUUGCAGAUAUUUCUUCAAAUGCUUACAUCACUGUCAUACUGAUUGCAUCCGAAGUUUGCUGCCUGCAUGUGGGCAUUGAGUUGCUCCAAACCAUGGUUUUCUUGCUUCAAAUGGUUAACUUUUCCUUCUCAAUAAGCAUACAUUUCUGCUUGAAACUGCUAUUCUUGUUGCUCUAAAAGCUGAUCCAAAAGUUCCUUGAAUCGCUAUCACCCAGGUGAUGGAAAUUCGAGUGAGGAAUGGAGCCCUUUUUUUGUUUGCCUUCUUCGACAUGUUGCGUGCUUCCAACAGCACUGAGCAGGGCCCAUGCCGCGACAUGUAUUGCAAGCACUCGGUCUGACACAGGGGAAAGUGUGUGUGUGUGUGUUGUGUGUGUGUGUGUGACGGCUUGUAAAAAGCAGUUGCAAUCAUAUUUUCUUGGCUUAAAGGGACCGACAGCUGCCCAGAACAUGAAAUGAGAUGACUGCACUGAUGGAAAGAUUGUCCGUCGCACUGACUCAAACCAACCCCGUUUAUCUCGAGAGAGGUGGAUUUAUACUUUUAUUUCUUCAUUGAAAGUUGCGAAAAAUGACCUUUGGCGCCUCUGGCGGCAAAAUCAUAAACGGAAUUCUUAUCCCAACCCUGUUCAGUUACACAGGAUGUUCCCAGAGAUCUACCCAGAUUCAAUAUGUAAAGCAUGUAGAAUAGAAGAGGCCUCCCUAAGCCAUAUGCUAUGGGGGUGCUCCAAUCAGCAAACAGACUCCCCAAAACCUCUCCGGGAGCGAUGGCGGAAAACGCUGCUCAGCUCUGAUCUACAGGACCAAACCUGGGCUAUCAAGCAGGCCAGGGAGGCUAGUGGAAGACAAGGUCUUCCGUCCUCCAUCUGAGCGGUCUGGCCCGGACCAGCAACUAGCCGGAUCUUGCAAUAAAGUUGUUUCAUUCAUUCAUGAAGCCGGUCAGGUGACCAUUGAUUGGUGUAUGCGCUC